AUGGAGCUGUUUGACAACGAGGUAUUUAAAAUGUUCUUUUACGAGAAUAGGCUGAAGACGUUCGAGGGGUGGCCGUUCGACGAAGACUGUGCUUGCACACCGGAAAACAUGGCAAAGGCGGGCUUCAUUCAUACUCCUUCAGACAACAGCCCAGACAUUGCUAUGUGUUUUUCUUGCCAUAAAGAAUUGGAAGGGUGGGAGCCCGACGAUGACCCAGAAAAGGAGCACAAGUCCCAUUCACCUUCCUGCUACUUCAUUAACCUGAAAAAGAACGUGGAGGAUAUGACGAUGGAAGAGUUUUUGAAGUUGCUGAAAGAGAAAGAGGAUUUCAUACUUAACAAAAACAUGGAGGACACCAUCAACAAGUUUAAGGAGGCAGCCAAGGUCAAAAGAGACGAAAUAGUCAAGUCGGCAAUGGGCGAAGAGUAG